CAUGAUGCAUAUAUUUAAAUUAGCUUCUUAGUUUCUGGCACACAUUUCACCUUUUUCAUGGGUUUUUUAUUUCUAGAUUUGGUGCAUGAUUUUGUUAUAGAGUGCAACUCUUUUAGAAAAAUGAAUGGCCUCUUGAAUCCAUGGAGUUUAAGUUUGAGGAGAAAAGGGUCUUGUUGAAAGUGUCUUUAAUAUGUCUGAAGAUGGGAUUGACAAAAAUGGUUGUUUCUCUCUCAGUUGUGGUCAUUUUAUUCUUGAGCUUCUCCAGCAGUACAGCACAGCCACUCUCUUCUGGAGCUGUAGCAGAUAAUCAUUCGGUAGAUACCCAAAAUGGCACCCAACCUGUUAAACAGAAAGAUGAUACAGUAAGGGUGGAUCCUUUGAAUCAUCUAAGAAAAUACAGAGGAGGAUAUGAAAUUAGAGACCUGCAUUAUUGGAGUUCAACUGUAUAUACAGGGGUACCUGGCUAUGCCUUGGGAGUUUUAUGGCUUCUUUGUGGAAUAUCAUAUGGUUUAUAUCUUCUUGUAACCAAAUUCUGCUUCAAGUGUUAUGACAAAAGAAGACUGCGGAAGAGGUCUUUAUAUACAAGCCAAUAUUACAUCUGGCCUGUUCUUCUAGCAGUCAUUUUCACAAUUUUAGCUAUAAUUGGAUGUGGGAUUGUUCUCGGAGGGGAUGCAAAAUUUCAUUCCCGAGCAAAAACUGUGGUGGAUAUAAUUAUUGAUACCGCGGAAGAGGCAUCAACAACCAUAUUUAACACAACAGAUGCUAUGAGACUAAUGAGAAGCAACUUGGAUUCAGCAUAUGGGGGGACUGCCGAGGCUGCAAGCUUCCUCAAUUCUACUUCAGUAAGGCUUGACUCGACAGCUUCAGAUAUCGAAAGAGAAGCGAAGAAGAACAGGCACUUAAUUGACCUUGGACUCAAGAUUGUGUAUAUAGUUACAAUGUCCAUUAUUUCCUUGACCUUAGCUGCUUCCAUUGCUUUGUUAGUGUUUGGAAUCCUGAAACGACGUCGAGCCCUUUACCUGUUCGUCGUAAUAUGCUGGCUACUUGCUGUCUUUUGCUGGCUGUUCUUUGGCUUGUACUUCUUCCUGGAAAAUUUUGCACAAGAUACUUGCACAGCCCUUGAAAGCUUCCAACGAGAUCCUUAUAACAACACAUUAAGCUCAAUCCUUCCAUGUGAUGAGUUGGUUUCGACUCAGUCAGACCUAAAGGAUGUCAGUGCUGGUGUUUACAACCUUGUGAAUCAGGUUAAUGCAAAUUUAUCAGCUCAAGAAGCAGAUUCAUUUGUUCAGAUUUGCAAUCCUUUUUCGGCACCACCAGAGUACAAUUACCAGCCAGAGAAUUGUCCAACUUCUUCUAUUCGCAUUGGAGACAUUCCCGCAGCCGUGAAGCAGAUUGCAUGUACUGAUUCCGAUGACAAAAAUCAAACUUGUGUUGGUGGAAUAUACAUAUCCAACACUGAAUUUCGGAGGCUGGAGGCUUACACAACUUCCAUCCAGAAUCUACUCAAUGCUUAUCCUGGUAUGGACAGUUUAGUUGAAUGCCAAACAGUGAAAAAUGCUUUUGCGGAAAUCCUUGAGAAACACUGCAAGCCACUAAAGAGAGACACACACAUGGUCUGGGCAUCCAUGGCCUAUUUAUCGUCCGUAAUGGUAAUAUUAGUUCUGUUAUGGACAUAUCAAGCAAGCCGAUGGCGGAAAGACCACUAUUCGGAUAGUUCUGUGAAACCCCAUUUUGCAGCAUAUGUUAAUGAAUUUGAAACAGUCGAGGCGGUGAACAAACAGUCUGAUGAUCCUAGUUCAGUAGUGUAACUGUCAAAGGAUUCAUCAGUUGUCACAACAGCCCACAUUUUGAAUAUUUGGAAAAGGAUUUAGAUUCAAUUUUGUAGAUAUUUAUAGGUAUAUUUCUGAAUCAAGGAUAUUCAGAUUCAUCAUGCAACAACUUGUUUAGAAGAGUUGCAGUUCAAAAUUAUAUAGUCAUACAAACUCUUCUCUCUUUUAUAAA